UAAAAUUUGGAACUAAUUACCACAGUUUGAAAUGCUCAGUGGAUAAUCAGGAAGUUGUACAAGAGUACCGGUCACAUGGAAUAUAUUUAUCAAACAACGUCUACGUGAAUAUUAAUAUGAAUCAAUCAUUUCCUGAUGACAACGCGACGGAGCUCAAUGAUACCGAAAAACGGUGUCACACUUGGCUCGCAGAUGAACUUCCGUCGUUUGAUAAUUUGACGAUAGAUGACCUUAACAGCCAGUUUGUGAGGAGGAAUAUUGGAGGAAUCGGUCUGUUGUCUAUCUUUGUCGUGAUUGGUCUAAUCGGAAAUAUCCACGUGCUGUACAUAUAUAUACGACAGUUCCGAACGUCCAACUACAAAGUAUACGUCCUUUAUCUCGCUAUCAUGGAUAUUAUAAACUGCACGGUGGUAGCACCACUUGUGAUAACAUAUCUCUUUUUCCCUAUGACAUAUCCAUCUCUUGCACUGUGUAAGACGUUUCGAUUUUGUUUGUAUUUGUUUUCUAUUGCUUCAACGUCCUCCAUGGUAGUCAUCGCAAUUGACCGACACAGGAAGAUUUGUCGACCACUUGGUCCACAGUUUACUAUUAGAAAAGCAAAACUACUAUGUGUUGGAAGUUUUAUAUUUUCAAUCAUUCUCUCCUGGCCUGCUACAAUAUUAUACGGUCUGAGCUCAAUAGAAACCGGAUUUCCAGGAGUACAGACCGGAUACAGGUGUUACACUCAUGACGACUACAAAGGGUCAUUAUAUCAGGUUCUUUUUCAUCUCAUUCUGACACUUUACUUCAUCGCUGUCACAACCCUACUCGUAAUAGCAUACAUAAAAAUCGGCCGACAUAUACAUGCUCACAGAAAGUUCCAAACAAGUAUCAGACGAAUGUCUGCAAGGUCGGAAGAAGAAAUCAAAAUGGCCACCGGAAGUGCUGCGCGUAAAACAACGUGGACAUUAUGUGCCGUUACCAUAGUUUAUAUUCUGUGUGCGCUACCGCAUCAUACUCUAGCGUUGUUGAUAUUUAUUAACAAAAAUUUUGAUUGCGAGUUAUCUCUUUUAGGGUCACAAGUUUAUUACACAUUUAUCUGGUCAUACUUUGCUAAUAGUGUUGUUAAUCCUUUUAUAUACGGUAUCAGAGACAGAAAAUUUAGAUUUGAAUUUCGUAACAUGUAUAGAAGAUAGUUUUCAGCGGGUUUUAGAAGUCUGAAGACAAUCAAAUGACAUGCAUAAAGAUACAUACUGCAAAUGUACACAUUUUAGGAGUACUCUUAUUUAAUCGAUUUUCGAGCUAAAACAUUGUGCUAAUUAUAUCAUUGCAAUUUCUAUAAUAUGUUAUUUCGUAAAUAAUGAAGCUAUUUUAAUUGAGCGAAAUCAUCA